AUGGAUCGCGAACAGUUUCUGGCGAGUCUCGAGAAAUACCACUUGGAGCGCGGGCACCCCUACGUGCCUGGCCGCCUCCUCGGGCAGAAGGUGGAUCUGUAUGAGAUGUUCAUGGCUGCCAUGAGACAGGGAGGGUUCCCACGAAUCAACAAAAACAACAAAUGGGGCUACCUCGCGAAGCACCUCCGCCUGGUGCCGAAGGACAAACCGCCGUCUGCUCAGGAUCUUGAACAGGUCAAGCGCUACUAUGUCAAAUGGAUUCGGCACUUCGAAGGCGAGCGCGUGCCGCAGCACAUCAAGAAAGACCUCAUUCCUCCUGGCAUGGAGUUGCCUUGCAAGCGCAGCAGCAGCUCGUCGUCCGCCCACUCUUCGUCUCACGGCCUUGGCCCUUCGCCAGGCGCCCGGGCACCGGGGGGGGCGGUGCCUGGCGCUCUAGGAGCCGUCGGCGUUCCCGGCAUUUCUCAGACUCCGGGCCUUUUCUUCGAUCCUCAGAACCCCCUCUCUGCCUUCUCAAAUUCAGCCUUGCACCCGUCUCAAAAAGCUUUUCCCUUUCCUCUCGGGUUCGGUGGAAACGCCGGCGUGGCGCCCAGUUCCUACUUCGGUGUCGGCGGCGGGCCCGCAGGAGCCGCGUGGGCCGGCGGCGCCAGCGCGGCCCCGACGGGCGCGGAGACGCAGCAGCUAGUUGGGCUCCAGCCGCAGGGCAUGCUCCUGCCCGGCACGCCGUUCUUCCCAGGCUCCUCCCCCUUCCACGAUGAACAACUGCUCGCCUUAGGCACAGCAGGCCCGCGGACGCGGAACGAGCGGAGACUCGCCCAGCAGUUUGGCGGCGCGGGGGCCGCUGGGGCCGGAGCGCCCGGCAGCCUAGGCCCCGGGGGGACGGUUCUCGAAAUGAGUCGCAAGAGAAGCAAGUUUUUCCUCAAGUAUUCGCCCGAGGCAGUCGCGGAGCGGCGUUGGAAGCGAAGACGGCGCGAGGCCCUCAUCGCGCAGGGCGUCCUGCCUCCUGCCGUUGAUGUCUUCCGUCUCCAGCAGUGUUUGGAGGAGCGACGCUUCGCCCCCGCCGAUUUCGUUUUCGCCUUGAACGUGCUUUACCACCUCUCACAGCCUGACCGGGGCAUCUCCGUUCAACAGCAUCCAGGUCUAAUAGACCAGCUCAGCGGUAUCCUUUCUGAGGCCGCCUUGUCGGCGCGUGAAACGCUUCUUCGCCGUCUCCAUCCGUCGUCUGGCUCCCCCGACUUGCCGGCUUUUUUUCUGUCGCUUUUCGAUGCGGACGGGUCUCCUUCGUCUCGCUUGUCUCUGCUGCACGACCCCCUUCGCCCCGCCGAUCUUCUACCGCCUUUCCCGUUCGCCUCGGAUGCGGUGGACGCUGCACCCUGCCCACCUGGCUGGAAAGACGCAGACGCGACUUUGCACGUAGUCGCUCUGGUUGCCGCGAUUCUGAGCAAUAUCCUAUUCGAAACCGGGAACGUGAACUUCUUGGGAGGCGUCUCGCGCCAGUGUCUGCUCGAUGCAUCGGUCGCCGCUGGGCUCCAAAUCGCGCCAGAGGCCGGGGAGGGAGACGGCGCUCGGUCAAACUUUAAAAACGACUCUUCCUUCUGGGAAGAAGCCUGCCUCGCCGCCCGGGGGGCCUCUCUUCUCCGGACUGGAGGCCCCGCGGCGGCGACCGGCGUGGUGUGCCCAGGCCUGGGGGGUCGGGGCUUCGGGCUCGCCGGCGCGGGCGGCAGGGGCCUCCUGACCCCGGCCGGGUCGCCGGGGGCGGGGGGUAGCAGUGUGGGCCCCGGAGAGACUGUCGUCAGCCCCGACGGCUUGAUCAUUGCCUGCGGCGGAGGAAAUGACGCUGACGAAGAAGAAACAAAGCUCGCUGCGCUUCGAGAAGAGGAGCGAAAGAAGAAUCUGGAGGCCGCCUCUGGCGCGUACGGUGAAGACGACGAAGACAGGGAGGACGAGGGAAGCGAGGCAGAAGCGAUUGAGCUCGAGGAGGAAAUUCUUCUGGGCCUGUCUGACAAGGCAGAUAUUGCAUUUACUCGGCAAGGCCGAAUGUUUCGCCGCUUUCCUUCUUCCUCCGCCAGCGGCGAGUCUUCGAGCGCGAGUGGCUCUCUGGGGGGCAGUGGGCUUCUUGGCGCUUCGGGCCUGGGCGCAGGCUCUGCGGUGGGGGGAUCUGGGGUUGUCUCGUCCUCGGGAGCGUUGGGAUCCAGCGGUCUGCUUCUGUCGCUCUCGGGCUCAGGGGGCAGCGGCUCAAACGGAGACGGGUCGGGGGCGUCGGGCGGCACCAAAACCCGUGAGCAGGAGCGACUGGCAGCGAUGGUGAGAGAGCGUACUUUAAAGGGUCUGUCUUCCUCUCUCCUGUCCGCACUCGACUGCUGCGCAAUCUCCGCCUACGAGGGAGAGCGAUACAUUUCAUCGGUCAGCACAGAGACGGCUAUGCGCGUGUUGGAGGCGUUCCUCGUCCGGGAGCGGAAGAAGAAGUUCAAGCUAGUCUGUUCGCCGACGAGUGCUGCCGGAGGCGCUGCCUCUCAGGCCUCCUUGUAUGCAGCUGAAAAAGAGAGCGAAAGUGAGAGAGACACGGAGAAAGCGGCCGAGCAAUCCGUGGAGAUGACGGAUGAGGACCGAGAGCAACCGACUUGCAAAGAGGGCGGGACACAGGAGGAGGGCGGUGCGCGCCAGCAUGGAGAAGGGCAUCAGACACAGGGCAAGGAGGGAGAAGUCGAGAGGAGGGCUUCGGCUGAGAAGGCCCCGUUGCCCAACUCACGUCGACUCCUUCUCUCGAACGCGAAGAAGGCCGUCGCCGCUCUGGCGGACGCACUGGCGGCCGUUGGAGCAGAGAGGCGGAACGCAGUGAGAGAAGAGGGGGAGGAGAGGAAAGAAAAAGAGGAGGAAGUGGAACGGCAAGUCUGCGGCCUCCUCACUGCGGCUGCGAAAGGUGACGUGGCCGGCCUUCUUCAUCUUCUGAUUCAGGAGCAGCUCUGCCUUGUUGGGCAUGAGGAGAAUCGCCUUGCGUCCUUUUUCGCAGACCUCGAAGGGGGUGAGGGAACCGAGCCUCAGGGGGCGUCCCAGACAAGGCCCGCGCUCUCGCUCGGCCUCCUCGCGGGAUAUGGGGCCGCCAGAAGGGCUGUGGAUAUCCAGGCGGCCGCGAAGGAAGCGGGGCUGAUGCGAGAGGCGCUGCGCCAGAGUGACUGCGAAAGCGAGCGCGAGGCUCGCGGUUCAGAGGCAGUUGCGGCAGCGGUCGCGUUACGCCGCGAGACGAGCGAAGGGGGCGAGACUACCGGCGAAGAGCGAAAGGAAACGCAGGUUCGACCCGUGGAAGAAACACGCUCCCAGGCUCACGAGUCGCUUUCUACUGAGGCGGCUCUAGCGGAGACCAUGGGGCUCGACUUGCGCUUUCCGGCUCUAGGCUCCUGCGCCUCUUCUUCGGCUGAAGCCGCCGACAGCGAGAUGCACCCAUCCCUUCCAUCGUCGCCAGACGACAGCCACGCGACAGGCUCGUCAUCUUCCACGUCGGCGUCCCCCCCGUGUUCGCAAGCAUGCAAUGGAGAGAAGGAUUUGACGGCGCACGAGCUGCACCGCGGCGACGGCGAGUGCGACCGCGCGUCUUCGGCCUCCGCUCUCUCGUCUGAGGCGACCGGAGGCACGCCCGCAGUCAACGACGAGGCGGGGAGCGCUGGGCGCUGUGGGGAGUCGGCCUCUGCCGCGUACCCUUGCCCCCUCCCUGCGACCGCCUCUCCUCUAGUGCACACGGGACGAGCGGUGGAGGCUGCGCUGUGUGCAGGGGAGAUGUCCGAGGCGCAGAAUCUCCUUUUCGGGCGACCCGUCUCCAUUUCCGCGGCGCGACAGGCCUCGUCGGCGGUGCCUCUCUUCUCAGCGACCGUCCUGCGCCCGCGAGUGAAGGGGGAGCGUGAGGCGGAGGGGGCCCCGGACAGGCGCAGCCCGAGUGCCUCCGGCUUUUCGCCGUCUUCGUUCUGCGGAUGUGCGCCCGCGCCGGGUGCUCAGAGGCAAGACGCGGCGGAAGGCGGGAGGGAUAGCGAAGCGAGGGGCGCAGCGCGGAACAGAAAGCGCGAGGAGGGUGGCAAGGCAGGGGAACCUGAGAAGAAGGUGGAUGAGCAGGAUGCCAGGCGCGGAGAAGAUGACGAGGUGUUUGCCGCGGCUGUCCGCACGCCGUUGCUUCUCGGGCACCUGGAUGCGGAGAAGGCGGAAUUUGCUUUCGACUUUGCCGCGUUCCUGUCGCCGCUGGCGUCGCGUGCGGAGGCGGCGAACCUGCUUCAUUCGCUCUCGCUCGCGGCGGCGGCCGCCAGCCCGUCUCCUUCGCCUGCGUCGCAGGAUUUGUUUUUGCAGCAGUUCUCCGACCUGGGUGUCCUGUUCAGCAAGAGCGCGGCAUGUCCAAUCUUUGCGCUGAAGAAGGACGACCGGAGUAAGGGGCCGAAUGUCUCCUCGAAGGCCGUUUCGCAUCUCAAGAAGAAGGGAAAGGCCUGCGUGCUCGUUGGCGCGGAGAAGCAGAGCGCGUUUUCUGUGGAGUCGUUCCUGCGUCUGGAGAUGCGGAAUGUGCUGCAUGCGCUUCACUGCGUCGCGGAGAGAGCGGCUGCCUCCCGCGAACAGAGACUCAAUUUCUACAGGCAUGUGUCGCGGAUUUUCCAGUCGCUCCUUUUCUCAGCCUCCUCGUCGCUGGGUCAGGCGCCUCUCACGUGGCAGCGGCCGCACGGCUUGGCUGCUUUUCUGCUCGCGCUGCAACUCCUCAUUCUCAGCGACCCGCAGAGACUCGGCAAAGCGCUCGGACCGAUCUACGCGCGCGUCGUCGCAGCGUCCUCUCUCCUCCUCCCGCAGCCGCCCGCGGAGAAGGGCAAGCGUCUGCCGGCGCUGGCCCAGGGCUCGUCGGGGUUGAGCUGCAGAGCGGACGAGGAGAGGGAGAAAGAUCGCUCGGGGGGGCGGAGGCGGGCAGAGCCAGACAAAGUGUGCAGCGAGAUGGACGCAGAAGGCGAAGAAGCCGAGACAGCGAAGGAAGCCGACGAGCAGAAGGAGGCGCGCUCGCCCGCCCACAAGAAGAGAGAGACUGAGGACGACAGUUGGGGCGCGGCCUCCGCAGGCAGCAGUCCAGCAGAGAAGACGAAGAGAGCCGCCGAGGAGGAGAAGGAAGAGGAGGAGGAAGACUGGGAGCUGAACACCGCCGAGCGCGUCCGCCUCAUAGGCUGGGAAAAACUGAAAAAAAUGCUGGACGGGCUCAGUCCUCAGCUUGAGACUGCGAUCGCCUGCGUCAAAGCCUUCACCGCGCUUGUCUCACUGCUGCCUGCUCCUCCUUCGCCGUCGCUGUUUUCGUCUUCGUCUGCGCUGCUCUACAGGGACGCGCCGCAGUCGUCGUGGCUCGCGCUCUCCUUCGUCUCCUCCGUGGCACGCCUCUUCAGGGGCCUCCAGGAAAUUUCUCACACGCGCAUUCCCCGCGUGCUUCAGUGUGCAGCGGGUCUCCAUUUCCUCCAGGCGGCAUCCGAGUUCGCUUCGCAGAUGCUUCUUUUCCGGCAGACGGCAAUCUACGCCCAUCUCGAGAUCUUUCUCGCGGUCGCGGCGGCGAUUCUGGAUCUCGAGGUCUCCGUCCCAUCUCUUCAGCUCCCGCGUGUCUUAACGAAAGCGGGGCUUGCAGUGAUGUAUCUCGCCGUAGACGGUCCUGCGGAGGCGCUCUGUGAAGUCCUCGAGUGCGCAGCGGCUGAUCUCGCGGGCAAGAGGGACGACGACGUGGCUUUGUCCCCUGUGUCUCUAUCGAGAGAGGCCCGCCGCCGCAGACGGAGACCGUCUCCUGCGGCGGUGGAGGCGGCAGCCAGGCUCUUCCUUACGCCGCUACUCCGCUUCCUCAAGUUCCGUCUGCAACGCGCCGUGAGAAUCCAGUCGCAGAGCGAGUUGGCAGACCCACUCGCCCCCUGCACGGCAAUGUAUGAGACGGAGGCAAAUCGCCGUCUGGUGUCCGCUGCGUGCGCGAGCCCGUUCGCCACGGUCAUUCCCCAGUCCUUCGUUUCCUCCGCGUCCUCGGGCUCCGCAAAGGGCGGCGUGUCGCUUGACAAGAGCCGCGGAGGUUGGAGCUAUUCGCACUUCAUCGGGGCUGUCGACGAGAUCCCCGAAGAGGUGGUGACGUGGAAGGAGAAAGCAGCGCCCCCCAAGAGCGCGUCGUCGCCGGCUUCCAAGGGCGCGGAGGCGCUGCUGCCUGACGCGAAGGGACUCAGCCCCAGCCUCAGUCGAUCUGCAUGUGGGCAGACGCGCGCCGAGAGGAGCGGGCAGUUUUCGGCUCCCUCAAAUUCCCUGCAGAAGCGAAGCAACCAGCCGGAGCGAAGGCUGCGGGGGGGGCCCUCGGCCUCCUUGGCGCCCGACGCCGCUGAAGCCCCAGAGGGACGGAAGACAGGCGCGGGCGGAGGAGGGCGGGGCGCCCACGGUGACGGCGAGGAAGCGCUGGCAGUCGAAGAGUACCGCAGGUCAGCUGCCGCGAUCGCGGAGUGCUUCUUCCCGGAAUUCUUUCCGCAAGACGAACCAGAGCCUAGCGCGACGCAGAAGGCACAGACAGACGGUCGAGAGGCGGCGAAAGCGCGAGGCAGGCAGGCAGAGGGCAGGGAACCGAAUUCUGAGUCAGGGCUGCCCGCAAGCGCGAAAGACGGUGACAGCAGCACGGUCGCUGAGCGGAGAGUGCACCAGCGCGCGAGGCCGAACGGAACAGGAGUUUUCGAUGGCGAAGGGGCUGGCGUGGAGCGGAAGAUGGACUCGGAAGCAGACAUCGUGGGUGCGCAUGCUGCAGAGACACCGCGAGCGAAGGCCGAAGAAUUCGCGUCUGUUUCAUCUCCAUCUUCUCUGGUGCGCGGCGACAGCCACGAGAGAGAGGACGACGCCUCCCCGACGAGCUCCCUGCGCUCCGCGGCAGAGCGUAAGGGCGACGACGAUCAAGGCAGCGACGUGGAUAUGGGGGAAGGCGACCGGGAAGCGGGGGCAGGCCCUGUCCCGGUGUUUGGGCAGGAGGAGACUCACGGGGCUCCGCUUCCUUCUCAGAACCGUCAAGAAAACGAGCAAGAGCGCAGCGGUGGUUCAUCGGCUUCUUUCUAUUCCUCGUCUGGGGGCUACUACCCCGGAAAUCCUGGGCAGCAAGGCGAGCAUGGAUCUGCGUCUUCCUCCUCGUAUUAUCAGCAAUCCUCGUUUUCCCCGUCGUUCUCUUCAUCCACACCGCAGCCGCACGCGCCCGCAAACUCGUCAGGCGUCUGGCAGCAGUCCGGGAGCGUCUCCAUGCCUGGAGUAGGAGGCGGAGCUCAUCAGGGGCACAUGUACCCGUCCUCCUCCUACUCGCCCCCGAACGCAUUCUCUUCGUCGCCUCACGGGAACGUGCCCAACAGGGGAGAUCAGCAGGGCCAGUGGAUGGCAAUGCAUCACCAGCAGCCGCCCCAGCAGCAGCACUACUCUUCUUCUCCCUACUAUGCAGACAACUACUACGGGUCUUCCUCCUCGUCCUCCUGGCGACAGCAGCAGUGGCUCCAGUGGCAGCAUGAGCAGCAGCGCGCCGUCGCCCGUCAGGUGUGCGGCGGGGCGGGAGGCCCUCCGGCCGGGUCGGCUGGGGCGGGAGACCCUGCUUUCGGGUCGUUCCCGUCUUCGUAUCCCCAGGCGAGCGCUUCCUCUUCCUAUCCUCACUCCUCUGCACACAUGCUCCCUCCCAACCAGCAGCAACCCGCCGCACAGCAGUGGGGCGGCAACAUGUACGGAGGAGGUGGUCCUUGGCCGCAGGGAGGGGGCGCCGGCUCGGGGCAGCAGAGAGACGGUCAAUUCUUCAUGGACGGCAGCAGUGGAGCCGAGGGGGCGGGGGCCACAAAUGUGCACCAGAUGCCGGGAGCGUCUCCGCAGCAGCCGUCUGGGUCGCACGCCUCCGGCGCGCCGGGGCGCGCGGGCGCGAAAGAAGGCGACGAGGCACAGGGCGGCCGGUGGAUGAAUUUCCCGCCCCACAUGCAGCAGGGGGGAAGCCAAGAGAAUAUGGGUCUCAUGGGAGGUCGCUGUUCCGCCGAUGGACUUCCUUCCGAAGCCCAGUACGGCGUGCAGAAGGAGGGGGCACAUGACCCGUCGGGUCGUCCCUUCGGGGUCCCGCCCUCCGCCCAGCCGCGCCCCAGCUCGCACAACGUGCCCUACCCGGGAGACGCGCGACGCAACGGCACUGCCUCCGCGAACCUGUACGCUACCGAAAUGGCGGCGGACGUCUCCUCCGCAGAUUCUGUGAAGGGGUCAUCUGCCCCCCCCCAGCCGGGUCUCCAGAUGCCCAGUGCACCCCACACGGAGCGCAUGGCCCCACACAUGAAUUCUCAGUACGGGCCGCCGUCGUUCAUGUCUGCGCCCGGCGGCGCCAGUGGGAUGGGGGCCUCGAUGCCGCCCCGGGGCGGCGCGGCGGGGUCUGUCUUCCAUCCGUGUUCGGCGCCGUUUGGCUCGCCGCAUGACCGAACUGGGGUGCGGCCCGUAGCGGAGGUGUACCCCGGGAUGUCCCCCGCCCCGCACAGCGGUGAGAAUCCGGCACAGGGCAACUACCCGCACUUCUAUUCCGUGUACGGCUCCUCGCACCCGCUUGCCGCUCAGGGCGGCGACCUCAUGCAUGCGUUGCAUCGCGGAGACGCUUCGGGCGCCAAGCCGCAUCGGCCUGGCGCUCCUGGUGCUCGAGGCGCGGGCGAUUCGAAAGAUCCAGUGGCACCCGAGAGAGACGAACGCGACGAGGAAGGCGGGAACGGCGCGCCUGGGUCUGCGUUGGAGGGCGCGGGGGCCGACGGAGAGUCCGCCCACGCCGCCGCGAAGGGCAGCGGCCGAGCGGCCUCGCCCGCGAGCGGAGGAGUCAGUGCCAAAAAGAAGUGCGUAAAGAAGGAAGACAGUCGAGGCGGAGCGGCAGAUGGAGGCAUCGGCGCCGCGGCCAUAGCCGCUGCAAUCGCCUUCGGAGAUGAAGAAGCGAAAGUUGACGACGAUGUGCUCGUCGGCGUCAGCGUCCUCCUCCUGCUCGCCUCCAACUCUCUCACGCUGCCGCUGCUGCGACCCCACCUUCCCGCCAUCACAGAGCUUGCGUGGUUCAAGACGACGGCGAGCGGCGCCUUGUUCUCAGUUAUCCAAGAGAUGCUUUCCUCUUUCCGCGACGCGCCGCCGGUGCAUUUGCGAGGCUUCCGCGACGGAGCUGCGUAUUUCCCUUCUUCGCGUGUGAAGGAGGAGCGGGACGAAAGUGACGCGAAGGCGAGCGAGGAGAGGGAGCAGGACGAAGACCGCGAACGCCGAAUUUCUGAUGAAUUCGCCAAACUGGGGGACUCGCGGGAUCUCCUCUUGGUGCGCAAAGUGGGGGAAGCCGGAAAGGUCCUGCGCGUGCCAGAGACCGUUGAGAUGCGAGGAGGGUGA